AUGAAAAGUGCAGUGAUGUGGAUAUUAUUUAAAAGCAAUGUAUUUCGACUGCCCUAGGAAUCUAAAGGAGAGUUUGAGGCAAAUAAUAAAAAUUGGCAGUCUCACCUUUGAAGGCUUUAAUAGGCUUGUGGAAGCAGCCUUAUAAAUAGUGCUGUGGAAAGAGGAUUUAAAGAUAGAACUGUCAUGAUUCUUUAGAAGCAUCUGCUACAACAAGACUAUGGAGUAUACAAGAGGUGUGUGACUCAGCCAGAAGCAAAGUGAAAGGCUGUUUUGAGUGAAUGAUCUGGGAAGAGAUUUUUUCAAGGUAUCUUGUGAGUGUUUUAAUGGAGAAGAACAGAGUCAAAGGAUGCAACUGAAGGAGCAUGCACUGGAAUAAAAAAAGCAAAUCAAUAGCACUCUUGGAUAUCUUCAAGAUCGUUUCGGUUCCCGCUCCCCUGUGUCAGCCUCCUUCUGCUUUUAUAAGAGAAUGAGCAAAGACGGCGAACGUGGGUAUGUAAAGACACUGUAGAAGAUGAAAUGGAAAUGGCCACAGUACGACAUAGACCUGAAGCUCUUGAACUGCUGGAAGCACAGAGUAAAUUCACAAAGAAGGAACUUCAGAUCUUAUAUAGAGGUUUCAAGAACGAAUGCCCCAGUGGCGUUGUCAAUGAAGAAACCUUCAAAGAGAUUUACUCUCAGUUCUUUCCACAGGGAGAUUCCACAACUUAUGCACAUUUUCUGUUUAAUGCAUUUGACACUGAUCACAAUGGAUCUGUAAGUUUUGAGGAUUUUGUUAUGGGUCUCUCAAUUUUACUCCGAGGGACAGUACAGGAGAAACUGAACUGGGCUUUCAAUUUGUAUGAUAUAAAUAAGGAUGGAUAUAUAACUAAAGAGGAAAUGCUUGAUAUCAUGAAAGCAAUAUAUGAUAUGAUGGGGAAAUGCACCUAUCCUGUUCUCAAGGAGGAUGCGCCUAGACAACAUGUGGAAACAUUUUUCCAGAAAAUGGACAAAAACAAAGAUGGAGUAGUUACCAUAGACGAAUUCAUUGAGAGCUGCCAGAAAGAUGAGAAUAUAAUGAGAUCCAUGCAGCUCUUUGAAAAUGUGAUUUAACGAAGACAUUAGGUCUACAACUAAUGGACAAAUAUGAGCUAUUCUGCAACAUUAUCUAAAAGAUGGAUUUCCCACUUUAUCAUAAAUAAAAUUACUCAGCUUUACACUGAGACAUGUAUUAUGCAAAUAAAUUUUUUAUUAUCAACUUUUCCCA